AUGCUUACAGGACUAAAGUAUGGAGAAGAGUGCAGGAGUAAAACAUACCCUCCUUCAGGACCAACGUUCAAAGGGAAUGUACACACAUUUGUCAUAAAUCUGGAUUUACCUCCCAGCAAAAGAUGGGAUAACUUGGUGCAGGACAAAAAGACAGAGCUGAAGACUGUGGUCCAGACUAUUAAAGAUAUAGCAAAUACCUUCUUCCCCAGCGGCAAAGUUGUUGACAUAGUGGAUAACAAAAUAGCUCAUCUGACGGCCACACUUCCUUAUCCUUUCAAUGAAGAACUCCAAGGGAUUGCAAAUUCAUCUGGGAUUCCUUUGGGGGAAAUUGUUAUUUUUAACAUCUUUUAUGAAAUUUUUACUGUAUGUACAUCAAUAGUGGCAGAAGAUAAAACAGGGAAGCUGUACCAUGCCAGAAACCUGGAUUUUGGACUCUUUCUCGGGUGGGAUGUUAAAAAUAAUUCCUGGACUUUAACUCGGGAACUGAAGCCUACAGUGGUAAACUUGGACUUCCAGAGAAACAACAAGACAGUAUUCAAGUCUACAAAUUUUGCAGGAUACAUAGGCAUGGUGUCUGGAGUCAAACCGGACUUGUUCACUCUGACAAUGAAUGAGCGUUUCAGUCUUGAUGGUGGUUAUGUUGGAAUCUUCGAAUGGUUUCUUGGUAGAAGAGAUGGUAUGUGGAUGGGCUUUCUUACAAGAACAGUAUUAGAGAAUGCCACAAGUUACCAGGAUGCAAAAGACAAACUGGCAAAAACAAGACUGCUGGCUCCGGCUUACUUUAUACUGGGUGGAAAAAAUUCUGGAGAAGGGUGUGUGAUAACUCGUUCCAGGACAGCUACUCUGGAUAUCUGGGACCUUGAUAUCAAGAAAGGCACGUGGUACGUGUUAGAAACAAACUACGAUCGCUGGAAGCCUCCGCUAAUCUUGGAUAAUCGUAGAACACCUGCAAUGAAAUGCCUGAACCAGACAACGCAAGAGGUAAACAUCCUCCCGAUACCUCAUCUUGCUGUUCUGAAGCUCCCGCCUGUUUUAUCACCACUGACUGUGUGCACAACGCUGAUGGAGGUGUAUAACGGUCAUACAGAGACUUACCUGCGGGAAUGCCCAGAUCCCUGUAGUCCUUGGUAGUCCUGAACCUUUCCUACAUUGGAAGCUGCUCGUCUGAAUUGGAGGUCCUCCAAGAAAAAAUACUUCUGGAAAAAGAUUCCUGAGCCUAA